AUGGGCCUGGUUGACUACUCGGAAUCGUCAGGGUCGGAAGACGAAGCGCCGGUCAAACCGAUCGCCACGAAGCCUGCAUCCACCACAGGGAAAAAGCCAUUCCAGAAAGUCGUCGACCGAUCGAACCCAGGCAAGAUUGUCGUCAACCUGCCAUCGACACAACCCGAAGACCCGAAACCCUCGAACGACGAGCCACCAGCGAAGCGCGCGCGCACUGGAAAAAGUGGUCUCUUUAGCGGGUUCAACUCCUUUCUCCCAGCACCCAAGAACGCCGCGAAGGCCCCGGCGCAAAGUAGCAGCAGCAGCAGCAGCAACAGCAACGGCGGCUCGUCGCGGCCGACAUUUCAGCUUAAGACCGGUUCGGAGCCCGGCUUCAGCAGAGAAAGAGGAGGCGGCGAUGGAGAUGGGGCUUCGGGGACGGGCGGUGGAGGCAUGAGUUUGCCUGCGCCCAAGGCUCAGACGCAACCGACGAUACCAGAGGGGAUGAAGCCGGCGGACGAGGUGAAGCUGGUCGGGAAACCGAUGAUGUUCAAGCCUCUUUCCGUGGCCCGGAAACCGAAGAAGAAGGCCCCGGCCUCGGUAUCCGCGACAGCGCCGAAACCCACACCCACAGGGAGCAAAGAGCCGGGAGCGAAAGACAUGCCUCCGCCAGCGGCAGCCCCGGCGGUAAAGAAGGUUUCCCUCUUCUCCAUCGAAGCCGAAGAGACAGUGUCCGACACCGCGCCCGCCAGCGGCGCGUACGAGCCUCUCUUCGAGGCGGAGCAGCCGACGGACAACGGCUACGCAGAGUAUGCAGCGCAGGCCGGCUGGGCGGCCCCGACAACGGCGCCCGACUCGACAAACUCGCUCGACUCCAUCGCCGACGACCUAAACCUCUCGGCGGCGGCGCGGCGCGAGCUGUUUGGGCGGCAGAAGGGCGGCGGCGCCCCGCAGACGGCGUCGCGCGUCAUCAACUUCAACACGGACCAGGAGUACAGGCACAACGAGGAGCUGCGGGCCGCGGGCCAGCAGCAAAUCCACAACCCCGUGCGGUCCAUUGCGCCGGGCAAGCAUAACCUGCGGCAGCUCGUCAACCAGGUGCAGAACCAGCGCGAGGCGCUCGAGGACAGCUUCGCCAAGGGGAAGAGCAACAGGAAGGAGGCAUCAAAUCGGUACGGAUGGUAG